AACUUCGAAAAAAAAUAAUACACGUCAUUAAUUAUUUCUGAGUCAUUAGAUAUUUUUGUUCGCUGCAAUUUCACAACGAUUACGUCAAGAAACAUUGGAAUAUAUUGCCGGUGUCGUUCAACCAUCACCAUAAUAUAGAAACAAACCGUAAACAUGAGUCUACAGUGGACAAUCAUUGCGACGUUUUUGUACGUGGAGAUAGCCAUCGUACUCCUAUUGACAUUGCCGGUAGCUAGUCCUUCUAGAUGGCAGAAGUUUUUCAAAUCGAAGUUUCUAGCUUAUGUAAGUAACCAAGCAUCUAUAUACUUUUUGAUACUCGUCGGCGUGUUGGUACUAUGCCUUUUGGACGCUAUUCGUGAAAUACAGAAGUAUUCUAAUAUAGAGCAGACUGAUCAUCAACAUCUGGAUGCGGAGAUGCAAGGAAAUAUGCGCUUGUUCCGCGCCCAAAGGAACUUUUACAUUUCUGGUUUUGCAUUAUUCUUGCUUGUCGUGAUCCGAAAAUUGGUUCAGAUGAUAUCUGAACUGGCGACUCUGCUGGCGCAAUGCGAAGCGAACUUCAGACAGGCUCAGAGUGCUACAGCUACAGCUAGAACGCUGCUGGAUUCUCAAGGCUCGGGUGAUGAGAAAAACAAGAAAGAGGUUGAGGAUCUCAAGGGUCAAAUUGAAUUGUUGGAGAGGGAGCUAGCGAAAGAGAGGAAAGAUAAAGAAGCUGUGAAGUCACAGGCAGAGAGUCUCAACAGGGAGUAUGAUAGACUUGCAGAAGAGCACAGCAAGUUGGAAAAGAAGAUAACAGUUGCGAGGCAGGCGAGUGGCGGAGACAGUAAAAAAGAUGAGUAAUUUUGGCAUUUAACAUGUUCAUAUUUAAACAUGAUGAUGUUGAUAUUGUGGCAUCUUAUUACAUUACAUUUUAUUAUUUUUCUUAUUUGUCAAUAUUUGCCAAAUCAUUCUCAUAUGGUUAACUACAGCUUGAAUAAAAUUAUAAGAUUGAUAAUUUGAUAGAUAGAAAGUUUUCAAGAUUUAUAAACCAAAUUUUAAUAAUUGCUACUAUUGCAGUAUUUAGUCAUUGUUUUGCAUUUCCAAGUUCCAUGCUAUGAUAUUUUGUUGUAUUUAUUCAUUUGUCAAGUUAAAAAAAAACUAUGAAAAUUAUCAAUAAUGACCCUGACAAAGUGCUGUGUUAUUAAUAUGUUAUUAUACAUAAUUGAGUUAUUCAAAGAAAUAACAUGUAACCUUAAUAGACAUUGGAUUAAGGUUUAAAAUUGAUUAUUGAUGAUUCAAGUACAAGUAAGAUAAGAUGUGAUUUGUAGAGGGCAAUGUGCAUGUGAAUCAUUCUAGAAAGCAAAUAAGAUAUUCUGUAUGUUCAUGAACAAGUAAAUCUUCACAGUUUCAUUAGAAUCCAUGUCAUAAUGUUCACAAUGUAAGUGAUUACACUUUAAAAAUUCCAAGUGGUUGAAAUUGUCUUAAAAUUGUAUUUAGUCAUUAUUAUUGAAUGUGCUGAUAUAGUGAUAAAGAUUAACUUUAAUCCUUGUUAAAAACAUGAUAACAUAUUUGCACUAAUUCUGUCCUAAAUUUAAUAAUGUAUACUGUCAAAUUUUUUAGAUCUGUUGUAAUUAAUAAAUAUUAACACUUAUAAGCUUAUACACAAAGUUACAAUUUUAUAUCUGAAUGCUAUUUAUUGAUUUAUUCUUAAGGAGAUAAUUAUGUAGAAAACAGCUAUAUGUAUCAUUAUUGUCAGGCAAUAUGCCUGUUUUUUACAUAACUAGCUCAAAUUUUGCAGUUUUUUUUUUAUGAUAUAUGAGGUAUGAACAAGUUUUAAUACAUUUUAAUGCAUGCAUUUUAUUAAAUAAUAAAAUAUCAAAGUACUUUCAGUGUUGGUGAUGGUAUAUUGAUCUGUCUAGUAAUAUAUUCAUACCAGAAUGAUUAAAAGUCUGUUUAACACAAUGGUAUUAUGACUCGUGUUAUGAAAACAUCCAGUUGAAUUUACUAGUGUUUUAAUACUACACCUAAGCAAGAAAGGUCUAAACACAUAUAAAGCAAGUUUUUCUUAGUCGGCCAGUACUUUUAUCUAAAAAGUAGAUCACUAAUAAAAAAAUACUUUGUUAACAAAAAGAAAAAAAAUAUCUACAAUUUUUUUCUAAUUGUUUAAUUAAAUUAAGACUUUAUUUUUUAUUUGGGUUAGUUUAGUAUAAAAUAAAUAAUGUAAGUAUAAAAUCAUCUAAAGUCAAUACUACUAAAGUCAAAUAUGUGUGUUCGAAAUUGGAAUCAGGACAAAAUCAUUAAACAAAAGUUGAAACCUAAAUUUGUGAUUAACAAAAAUGAAUCACAAAAAUGCUGAUUAUCAUGCAAUUAUGGUGGCCUCUAAAUAAGAUUGUAUUAUUAAACAUCAAUGUAUACAAUACAUUUGUACAAGUUAUAUAGACAAAAUCAUUAAUGAUUCAUGCAAAUAAAUAGUCAGUUCAAUCCAUUAUGUUUUGUCUGGUCUUAGUAUUGUUUUUUUGGUUGAUUUGUUAUUCUGUGGUAAAUCAAAGUUUUCAUUCAAGUGUUUCAUAGUCUUUUAAUUUUCUUUUAAGUAAAAUGUAUAUAUUGUAGGUAGAUUUUUACUAUUAUUGUGACUGAGUGGAGUCAUCAUCUAUUUUUAUAUAAGUAUUGGCAUGUAAAUGAUUGUAAAGAAAAUAUGAUAAUAGAGAUGAAAUGUUUGCAGUGGUUUUUAUAUAUGUUUAAGUUACAGUAAUAUCUAGUAGCGAUGAAAAUAAAAAAAAGGUUUAGGCAUCACUAUUGUAUGUAAUGCAAGUUAUAAAUAACAUUUGCUUUAUUAUUUUGUCCUAUUAUGAUGCGGCGCGCUAAUCUUCGUCUCCGUAUUCGAGGCUUUAUUUAUUUUUUUAGUGUGUGGGUGGGUAGAAUAAGAUCUCGGUAAAUGCUAUUGGGAUGUUUAUUUCUAACUUUGCAAAUUUAUUUAUUCAUGGACUGUUUAAUAAAGAUUGUUUCAAUUUCUAA